UGAAAAAUUAACCAACUCUUUUCCUUUCUUUCUUUAUUUUGUCCAGGUUGAAUUAGCAUUAUGGGAAACAGUAAGUUACGAAGAAUACGACAGAAUGAGAUCGCUCUCAUAUCCAGACACAGACGUUAUACUCAUGUGCUUUGAUAUCUACCGUCCAGGCACUUUGGUGAAUAUCUGGGAGAAAUGGACACCAGAGGUCAAGCAUUUCUGUCCCAACGUGCCCAUCAUCCUCGUGGGUAACAAGAAGGACCUUCGUAACGACGACAACACCAAGAUGGAGCUGCAGCAGACCAAGCAGACCCCCGUCACGUACGACGAAGGUCACCAGAUGGCGGUCAAGAUCAAUGCUGCCAAGUACAUGGAGUGUUCGGCCAAGACCAACGAUGGGGUGAGGGAGGUCUUUGAAACGGCCACAAGGGCAGCACUGCAGAGCAUUGAGAGCAUUGAGAGCAUUGAGAGCAAGAAGCGCAAGAAGAAGCUUUCAUGCAAGAUCUUCUAAGACAUCGUGUAAGAUCUUCUAAGACAUCGGACAAUGAUCAAACUGUGUCAGUCAAACAAAGCUUUUAUUAUUAAAAGGCACAUGUUUCAGUAAACUUUGGAGCUAUUGAAGUGAGCGUGUACAUGCAGGAAUUUUUCAAGGAGACAAUAGGAGGGAUGUGUACAUUGCAGGAAGAGCAUAUGGACCAGAUGCAUUUACCACAA